ACCGCGGACGAGCCGGAGUGCGGGAAACGCGGUCGCGUUUUGCAGUACCGCCGACAGAUUCGCACCGAGUAGUCCGAGUGUCCGUUCCCAAACGGGAGAUACAACCACGGGGGUAUCAGAAAAAAAAAGAAGAGAGGGGGAACCGAUUGAGCGCGGGUGGACCGCACUUCGCGUGACCUUGGUGCGCGCGACACUUCGCGUCUUCCUCGGGAGUAUAACAAAGAAGAAUCGGUGCCCCUUCCGGGUGCAGAAGGUUCGGUGAACCCUGCGCCGCGCGGGGUCGCGAAGUCUACGGUAUAAUAAAAUCCCCCGACCUCGAUUCUGCGUCUCGAAUCUGCCCGCGUUUCGAACCCGCGCUCUCACUCUCUCCGUGAGACAUCCGCGCGUACACCAUCCGAGAUAAUGUGACAUUACAGUGACGGAGGGAAAACAAAAACCCCCGGGAUAAAACCGAGAUAAAGCAAAAACAUACACACAACAAGUUCGGUGCGUGCACGACGAGAACGCGCGAGGGAAAACAGGGUUGUGCAACGCGAGGAAGGUUGCAACGGCGGGUAACGCGAGAGUAUGCGCGAGUCCUGGUAGCACCGGCUGGAGGAUGAACGGGGCAACGACGGAGGAUUAUUAUCAUUAGGUUGGAAGGAAGCGGCGAGAGAGACAGCGGUGCAGAGACCGGGUGUUGUUCCAUGCGAUGUCAGUGGACCCGUCGUCGGGGACAGUUACGUCGUCGUCGCCGUCGUCGUUGUCAUCGUGAACAACAUGCGGAGAUCCUCCUACGUUAACUACUACGUCCUGUGCCUCGUGUGCUGGAUCCUACUAGGUAUCACCGGAGUGAGUACGAGAUCUCAUUCGUUGGUGAAGAGGUUCGACGGGAUUUACACGGGGCCUUACUUCGACUCGAACACUCCAACGAAUAUCACAGCGCAGUUGGGCACUCAUGCCUACUUACCGUGCAAAGUGCGGCAACUCGGCAACAAAUCAGUUUCCUGGAUCAGAAGGAGGGACUCGCAUAUCCUCUCGGUGGAUAGAACCAUGUUCAUCCCGGACGAAAGGUUCCAAGCAAUCUCCGGAGAGGCGGACACGUGGACGCUGCAGGUGAAGUACGUACAAGCGCGCGACGAAGGCGAGUACGAGUGCCAAAUCUCGACGGAUCCGAAGAAGAGUCACAUCAUCAAGCUCAACAUCGUCGUGCCAAAGAUCGAGAUCUUGGGGGACCGUGACAUGUACGUCAAGACCGGAAGUACAGUCGCGAUACGAUGCGUGAUAAAGCAGUCCCUCGAGGGUCCGUUCUACGUCUUCUGGUACCACGAGGGAGAUCGCAUUCUGACUUACCAGCUGAACAAGAUCGACAUUCAGACGAAGAGAAUGGAUCAGGACACGGUGAGCAGCCUCGUGAUCCAUAACGCGAAACGAGACGACUCGGGUAACUAUACUUGCAGCCCGAGUAACCUGGAUAGCGCGAGCGUGCAGCUGCACGUGCUAAACGGGGAACAUCCCGCAGCGAUACAGAGAAGCAUCAGCUCGGCACCGGGCGGUUAUCCCGCUUUGUGGUGGCUCGCGGGCGUGAUGACACUGCACUCGAGUUACAGUAAUCGCCUGUUCGUCGUCGCUUUUCUGAUCGUUAUGGUACUCAUCCUGGAAAAUCCAUCUUACUUUGUGACGGUACGAUAAUCAGGCAAGACCUGGGAGGAUGAUUGGUAUACGUAUAAAUCGAUUAUCUCCUGCUACGAGACCCCGACUACCUCGAGAGAAGAGAUCCUCGACGUUGCAAGACCGACGAUUCCCGGAGGAAGAGACGAAGAACAAAAAAAAAAACUAAAACGAAGGAGGGCGAUAGGAUUAAGUAAAAGAUUGGAGAGCGAUGGGAGAGGGAAUGAGAGAGAUCGGAUAGUGAGAAGAGAGAAUAACGAUUCCCCCCGAAAGGAAGGUAGUGUAUCUUUUUUCUUCGUGAGCGCGAAGUACGAGUUAUAGAAGAAGAAGAAGUUCAUCUCGAAUUAUCGAGACAGUGAUCCGGCCGUUAGAAAUUUUAGGGAUUAGUUAAUUAUACGAAUUCUUGUUGAAUUGUGCUGCGAGACCUAUACGUAUCGGGUGAGAGAAGAGUCACGAAAAUCCUGACGUUGUCGAAAAAAAUUUUAUGUCGAGCUUGAAUAACGGGCGAUUUGUGAACGCGGUCGAUCAUUUAUCUUCGACAUGAAGAUCGGCAAAGUGAAAAAUUUUACAAUUGCGAAACUAUUUAUUGAAAUAUAUAUAUAUACAUAUAUAUAUAUAUAUAUAUAUAUAUAUGCACAAAGAAAUAACUUUGUCUAACUGAAAGCAGUUAGACGAAACGAAUCUCCGCCUGCAUCGAAGAAAUUUGUAAUAAGAAUAAUUCCGAGUUUGUUCACAUUUCCAAUCGUCUCUUUAAGAGAAUAAUUCGCUUCGAGCCACACUUUCUAAAUUGUUUCACGUACUUCCCGUCUGUCGGCCCGACAACAAGGAAGGUUACAAAAUCUCAAGGAAGAGAAAAACGCUAUAAAAAAAAAAAAAAAAAAAAACGCGCUAUCGCGAUUGCGAGAUCCUGUCGCGAGGGCGUUGAGUGGUUUCGUAGCGUCCGUAAUAGGAACAAGAAAGCGCGAUAACGUGACAAAAAAUAUAGAAAAAAAGCCGAGAAAUGAGAACGAAAGAACGGGAAGAGAAAAGAAAAGGGUCGCAGAGAGAAAGGAAGUUUAUAAGAGAAAGAAACUACCGCGUGCGAGAGAGAAAGACGAAAGGGGAAAAAUAAGCACUGUUAAAAACACUUCGUCCGCGCCACUCGAAUAGAAUUGAAACUUGUUCGAUGAGAAUUUUCGAAAUGCGAUGUGAUUAAUUAUAUUCGAUAGCGACCGAUUAUCACAGAAGCGUGUCUAUACUCGACGUACGAUACCAUGUACGACUUCGGGAUCGUUUUGAGACCGAACGAUCUCGGCCGUUGUCAUUUCGACGAUUCGCCGAUAUUUUGCGCCGAAAGCAAUAUAAAAGAUAUUUUGAAAAUAUUUUUAGUUUACCGACCACAGCGAGAGCGACUCUAUUCUCUGUAAUCGAGACUAAUUGUAGUUGAAAAGUGAAGAAUUAAAAAAAGACAAACGAGAAAGCACAGAAAACUCAAGGAGGGCUUUUAUUGGCUGACAAAACCCGUCGACGUUUAUUGCUGCUAACAAUAACGUGGUCGUAUUCCAAAUGCAGCUACAUUUGAUCCGAAGAGAAAAGAAUUCAUAUCAAACGACAUCUCGCCAUAUCAAAUAUCCACAGAGUCGCGAUAAUCUCGCGAUUUCGGCGCAGAAAGAAACGAGCGGUUGAGAAAUAAUUUAUUAAAGCCGUUUAAGUUCUCUCUUUUGCACGAAGAGAGGACGUUUUGCGCGUCCGAAGUUUAUCGAUCGGAAAUAAAAACAAAACGAGAUAUCGCGACGACGAAAAAAACCGAUCACUGCCUUUUAUAAAUAAAUAAAAUACCUGACCCGUUCCAAAGGCGAUGAGCGUCUCGAGACGAUCUCCGUAAGAAAACAAUCUUGGUACUAAAACGCAUUGAGUAUACACACGCCGAUCGAAAUAUAUACGAUACACCCGUACAUGCGCAGAAACUGAUUCGUCGCGGGUCGCAUCGUGCGGACCGACGCAUUUUCCACUGACUGCUCCUCUAUGCGUCGCGUCUCAAUGUCGUGGAAAUACCGUGAUUUUUUUGUAAAAGACGAAAAAAAGAAAAACAGAAGUCUCGAAAGACUCUUUUAGAAAUUCAAAGGAGAGAUUUGUACACCUCUAGUGGUAUUUGCACAAAAAACAACCUUAAUACUCUCAUAAAAUACCAUUUUUAUUCUCUUCUCUCGAGAAGUUCUUCAGACUACAACUCCCCCGUUUUUAUCGCCCUGUUUUUUAUCGCGCGAUUAUUCGUCUUCUAAAGACCGCCUGUUUUUUACAAAAUUUGUAAAAAAAAAAAACAAAAAAAAACAAAACGUAAUACAUUCGUAACGAAACAAUUUCACACACGUGUUCCAAGUCCCGAUUCGAUUCUCGUGUUCGAUGCAUUUUUUAUGACUCAUUAAUAAUAGACAAAAAGAUACUUUUUGGUAGAUAUUUUUUGAUAGAGAUUAGCGUUAUUUCCACGAUAAGUUCUGACCCUCUGAGCAUGAUCGGUUGUGCGGAAUUUAGCGAACGAGCGUACGGCUUUCCGGCGGGCGCCCGCGCGCGCCCCCCGAGAGAAUUUGCUUUUUUCUCGCAAAUACUAGAGAAAUACUGUUUUUUAUAUAAUAUUAUAUAUAUAAAUAAAAAAAAAAUAUAUAAAUAUAUAUACAAACGAACAGAAAAAAAUAUAUAUAUAUGUAUAUGUGUACGCGCGCAAAUACGUUGCACAUGAGCGUUGAAUAUUGAACAAGUUUCAGCUCGCAACGAACGAGGGGCGCAUAUAAAGCGAGCGGAGGAACGUGCGUUCUCGUAGAGAACACUUUUUUCGAAGAAAAAAGUGAAAACUGGAAGAGGUGAGCGCAUGACUGAUUUGAGAAAGAGAGAGAAAGAGAAAAGAGAGAGAAAGAGAAAGAGAGAGAAAAUAAAAAAUACACAGCGUUGAAAAACACGAGGAUAGCGGCAGGAGACGAACGAUUCGUUAGAAUAUCUACGAUUCAUGUGAUUGUAAAUAACGUAACAUAGCAUAUAAAUACCGUAACGUUAAUUAAUGAUAUGCCGUACGUGUUACACUAAAGAAACAAGAAAAAAAAAAUAAACUAAAUAACGUUACUGUGUAAUUUUUCGGAUCGUAAAACACGCAUUGGAAUGAGUCUGGCCGCCCGUGCUAACCGGCUCGGGAAAUCAUGCUCGGUAUCAGAUGGCAAAAAGAGGAAAGAGAAAGAGAAAGAGAGAGAGAGAGAGAGAGAGAGAGAGAGAGAGAGAGAGAGAGAGAAAGAGAGAGAGAAAAGAGAGAAAGAGAGACCGACCGAUGUGAGAGAUACGGCCGCGCGCAAAUGUAUACGAUGCUCCUCAAACACGGAAAUCGUCCAAGUUUUUUUCCAUUCCGAUGAAUAUUCGCGAACACUUGAUAUAUCUCGCGUGAAAGAUAAACGUUGAAAAAUUAGGUUUCGCGUCCGGAUGAACUCACGGAAAAGUGUUUUCCGCAGUGUGUGUUCUCUUGACUCAAUCGUGGAAUUGAGCCGUGGGAAAGGAGAAGAAAUUCACCGAAGGAUCCGGAGGAGGGAAAAGAGGCGCGCCGGAGUGCGUCCGAGUGCGAGGCGGAAAGCGGAGCGCGCGCGCGCGUUCUUCCGUAGCGCGCGCUUGUGGAUAGCACGGGCCGGCCACACGCGACUAGAUGUAACACUAAUUAACGCCUAGCGUAAGAGAAAUAACGGAUAUAAAAAUGCAGAUAUAUUGUCGGACAUAUAAAUAGCCCGGGAGUGGCGACUGUGCGCGGCUCGCGAAUGUGAAACGUACGACUGGAGAGAAGCUUUUCGGCGUGUGUGAAUUUGUUUGCGCGAGAGAGCGACAAAAAGACUGAAAGAGAGAACAGCGCGAAAGGAAAUGAGAGAGUGAGAGGAAACAAGUCACAUAUAAACAUACACACGUACAUAAAUACACACAUACAUAUAUAUACUUGCAUACACACAAGUACACUGAGACAAGUUCGUUGGACUGACGUGAUACCAAAGGCGUUGGUCGAAUGACACGUUUUAAGAUAAAAAGGGUCGAUCGGGGACGCGAUGCCCUACCCUCUUAUAUCGCGUUUACCGUCUCUUCUUCUUCCCGCGCCUCGCGAGGUCACUUUCUAUGAACGCGGAUAAAAAGAGGACUAAAAAACAGUCUUCUGUAUGUGUGUGGUCGUCGUAGCCGCGAUUAAACUUCGCGACGUCUUUUCUAUCUUCUUUUAAUCAGGGCCUCCCUCUCGCGGGGUGGAAGAAGAAACGUAAUUUUGCACUCGUUCCCGUCGCCCUUUUGCUUCACCGCGCGCGCGUGAAAGAGCGAGAGAAAGAGAGAGAGAGAGAGGUAAAGUAAAACAAAGAAGAUAAUGAGACGACGUUUAAUAGGUGGAAGAAAACGCGCUUGGAGAAAAACGGCGUCUUAAGAUCUAAUUCUAACAUCGUCGUAGUGGAAAACAGCAUUGAAUUUUUGUACCAAAAUCUAUUGUAGUUCUUAAAGUGUCGCGUACACUUUUUUCCGUUGCCGCGAGCUUAUAUACUCUAAAUACUUAUUUCUCGGUUCUAUCUAUUGAAACACGUCGCGGGUAAAAAAAAAAAAAAACGCGGGGAGCGAAGCAAAUCUUGCUCAAGAUAUAUCUUUUCGCAGGUUCUUCGGUCGCCGCAUCGAGGCUCCCGGGACGUCACAGUCGAAUUUUCUUCCUCGCAAUUUACACGCUGCGUUCAUACACAGAGAUCAAUCAAUCUCGCGCGCGUUUAAUUUUCUCUCAAGUAAAACUUGUAAUAUAUAGAAUUCGAUAUGUACGAUAUACGCGGUCGCGAAUCGGGAGCUUAAUAUAUAGAGAAUCUCCGUGUUCCCCUGACACGCGCGAGGAAAACGCGCGCGCCGAUUCCCGAGAGUCGCGGUUACGAAUUUUUCGAGGUGAACACUUUGUUUCGAGAGUGAUGCUUGUGUACCGUCCUGACAGUAUGUCGAUGUGCUCUUACGCGUAGAUAACACGAGUUAGAUGUUUUCUCGAGAUAGUAAGCUAUAUGUGUGACAGAAAGUGAAAGAGAGAGAAAGGGAAAAAAAGAUAGCGUUUGAACGAUACGACACUGUCGUCAGAGAGAAAGAGAGAGAGAGAGAGAGAGAUGAAAGACGGACGGGAGAGAAGAACGGUGACCCAGAAAUAGAUCUAUCAGUCGCGGGGGAGGAUUCCAAUUCCGACGUGAUCCAUCCGUGUUGCCGCGCCGUCGAACGAUCUCGAAAAAUUCUUUGUGAAGAACGACAGAGGAUAUCCUAGAAAUCGAUUAUACGCAGUUCUGUACGUAUGUGUGUGUGUGUGUGUGUGUGUGUGUUGUGUGUGUAUGCGUGCGCAAAAAGAGAAACGAGAGAAACAGGUCAGUGGAAAACGAUUUCGAGACGAGCGGCGGAACGAAAUGUUAUCGAGGAGCUUUUUUAGACGCUAUAGAUAUGUCGAAGAUCGUAAAUGGUGCGAGUAAAGCUCUCCGCGAAAAAGAAAUGUAUUGUUGUGAUUUUAACCCACCCGCCGCGCUCUCUUCGGAGAGCCAGUCGUCUUCAUUACGAGACGAGAAAUACGUAUAAAAUAAAUUUUUUGCCCAAGAUAUUUUUGCUCCGUGAAGACGAAAGAAGACACAAGUUCGCGUCUCUUCGUUUCUUUCUCCAAAAGCGAGCGUUUUUAUUUUCUCGCGACGAGAUGGUGGGUUAAAGAAGAGCGAGUGAAAAGGACUAUUUGUUGUCGAUCGACACCCUCGGGACGGUGGAUUACUUCGUUAACGCGUCACCGACGACAUUCACGAGGAAUCGCAUCGUGCGACUCAAACGAUCACCGCACGCGAGCAUUGAAGCUCCUGAACGUACGAUUCGAGAAGAGAUCCGACGGACUUAUAUAUCGCGCGACUUACGUUUACAUCUCAAUGAAUUGUUACUUCACUCAGUGAUAAAAGAUUUACGCGGAAAAAGAAAACGAUUUGUAUUGCAUCAUGACAGGCGAGAUACAUACAGAAGAUCGAUAUCGUAAAUCAGGAGCUUCGAUAAAUCCGAUUGCGAGCAAUUGAGUUCGACAACGUCCUAUUAGCGUUUAAAGCGACGUUAACGUUCUUGCGUUAACGGGCAUUUCGUUGACGGCACGCGACAGAUCACACCAUAGUAGGGGGUCUAAUUAAUCGUUAACGCAACACACGUCUGCCGAUUCGAACGUUCGACGAAGGCGAUUCGCAAAGGUUGUCCGCGGAGACAAAUUUAAAGGUUCGGGAAGAAAAAAUAAAAAUAAAAUAAAAAGUGACACUGAAUUUGUCGAGCGCGCGGAUAAGCGGACAUCGAUUUAAAAUUUAAGCGUAACUUUAAAAAACAGCAGAAACACUUCGAAAAUGUUCCUCGGAACACAAGCCUCGUCUUAUGGAUUCGCAUUUUCUCUGUGCACCUUAAGCGCUUUAGGGUUAACGAAAAUAAAACCAAAAAAAAAAAAGGAAAAAAACUUUCACGAAUCCACGAGAUGAUGCCGAGGAAAGUGAAAAGAGAGUGACAGAGAGUGAGUGCGAUAGAACAGAGCGCAAGUUUCACAUGCAUGAGCGAGAGAAUGUCAGCGAGAAUGAGAAAGAGAGCUAGAAUACGAGCGAAAGCGAGAUAAUAAAAAAAAAAAAUAAAAAAAUAAAAAUCAAUGUUAAACCCAUCAAUACCCAGAUUCGCAAUUUUCUGGGAGACAAAAAUCUUCGUUGACCGCCAUUUCUACGUAUAAGUUCGGUCUAUCUGUUAUUUCGGAAGC